AUGAAGAAGAAGUCGGUUUACGCGAACAUCACUCCGAUCCCUUCACACAUUCCUCGUCAACUGGCCAUCGACAUGCUGCACAGUCAUGGCGAGAUCAUCCAACUCAACCCGCUCGUUAUCGGUUGGACGCCGGUCAAAGCUCCGCAGAAUGCCCCCGCAGAUGAAUACUUCUCCACAUGGUACGAGAUCGCGGAGCGGAUACAAUAUGUGCCUGGCAUGGGAAGGAUGGGUUCCGGCAAGAUAUCAUUCAAGGGCGUGUUCCAUGACAUGCCAUGGGGACUACAGACACACGUGUAUGCGCCCAUGGGGGUCGACGUCCGCAACAAAUGGCAGAUUCGAGGCAACCAGCCCGGCGAACCUCCCGAGUCCAGGGAGCUGGGAAGUGGUGCGCCCGCCGAGGGCCUCUACAUGCGAGAAGACAUUGAAAUCAAAUGCAACCCGGCAAUGAUCUCGUUCGUCAAGAAGGAACUCAAGGCCGCCUCCAAGAUCAUGGUCGAUCGACUCGUCAAGAAAGCCGAGCUGAUUGAUUCGGGACAGCUCAGCGCCAUGAUGGAAGACGGCAAGCUCAAGACCAUCAACCCGGCCGACAGGUCGCAAAUGUUCCAGUCCCAUUCGGGCGCCGGCCACUAUUCACCGUCUCUACUCUCUCCCAAUCUGCAGCAGCAGCACAUCCCACCGCCUCCGAUGUCGCCAGGAUACCAAUACUCUUCCCCCUACGCCAGACAGUCGCAGUACGGCAGUAGCAACAGUAAUCGCAACAGCAACAACAACAGCCCCGGCUUCCCGCCUCCGCAGGGCCUCGCCAUCGAGAUGCCGGGCAGCACGCCUUACGACCUGCCAGAGCAACCAUCGCGGCUGCCUCUGCCGAACCGCUUCUCUGCAGCAGUAUCCGAAUUGUCGGCCACUUCACCCAACCAGAGUCUUUUUCCAAAUAAUACUAGUAACAGCACCAAUCUCAAUCACAGCAGUACGUCUGACCGCGAUCGACUCAGCUACGCCGGUUCGGUCAGUUCCCAUCCGAGCUCCCAUGACCAAGGACAAGGCGGCGGCAUGGCCAGCCCAGGGCUGGAUAAACGGUCGUUCAUGCCAGAACUGCCUGCGGGGGGCGGAUAUCUUACGAAACAUUCACCAAAUAUCCCCUACCGUUCGCCGGGUUCGACGCCGGACCCGAAUUCCUCCCCUCCGGUGCAGCAGUACCGAUAUAAUCCGCAGGAUUAUGCACGAAUGUCUUGA